CCUACGGUAUUUCAGUAUUCCGUCGCAAAAACCAAUAUGUCGGACGAAUGGGACGCAGACGAUUUUGACGUAAAUUCAGGAUUUACGAGCAAUCCUAAUAAGGCCGCUUGGGCAGGAGAGGACGAAGAUCAUGUUAAGGAUAACUGGGAGGAUGACGAGGAAGAGAAGAAAGCUGAAGGCGCAGAGUCUGGUUCUGCAGCAGAAUCCGGAAAAGCCUUUCAACGAAAGAAAAAGAAACUAGCCGAUAGAAUAGCAGAAAAACAAGCAGCAAAGAAAAAAGCACAGGAAGAGGAACAGAGAGUUCUCACACCUGAAGAGGAGCUGUCCGAGAAAUUACGACGGAGAAAGCUGCAGGAAGAAUCUGACCUCAAACUUGCGAAGGAAGCCUUUGGUACAAGUGACAUUACUGGUAUAGAUGCAAUGUUCCCAGAGACAGAAGAAGAAUACCAAGAGUUUGAAGAGGCGUUGAAAAAUAAAAUUACAUACUUUGAUAAAUCCAAACAUUAUGUUUCCUUAAUAGAAAAGUUAUUUACAGAUAUAGUUCUCACUCUUGAAACAGAAGAUGUAAGAAAGGUUGGGAGCUGCAUAACAACAAUUUAUCAAGAAAAGCAGAAACAACAAAAAGAAUUGAAAAAGAAAGAAAAGAAGAAAAACAAAAUCACAAUUAGAUCCGAGCGAGAAGGAGAUUUUGGAGAUUUAGCUGCAGCCUCAUCAGGACAUUAUGACGACAUCUACGAUGAAGAUUUUAUAUAACACCUAUACAUUCAUAAUAUGCUCAUAUUUCUAGCUUAGAAACCAGUUUAAGAAGCCUUAUUUUUAUAAGCUCAUCGGUCCCUGGCCUACGAGAGUUUCACAUUGAAUGGCAGUGCAUUGAACACCAGGAACCAAUACCUAGGACAUGAACUACUCCUUUAUGAAAACUGUGUAGUCCCUAGUUUGCAAUUCAUUGGUUUACUCAAGAUACAGUGGAUUUCAUGUGGAGAAGUGAAAUUGUCAAUUUUUUAAAUGUAAAAUUUCUGGGUAAAACCUGAUGGACCUGCAAAUGUUUAUGGAGGCUUUGAAAGUCUCUGCCAAUGUGCACAAGAAAGUUACAUAAAAUCACUAGGUCCGUCUCUAUUUCAUAAAUGAAAAAGUCUGGUUCAACCUUUUAGAACACAAUAAACGAAACUGUCCCAGCACAGAAAAUUUUAAAUGCAGAUGAAAUAUAUUGUUGUAAAUAAAGAUAAUUAGAAGUGCAAUCCACUGUAUUAGCAAUUUGUCUUGGUUCAAUUAAAUGAAGGCAAAUCAGGGUGACAAUUAUGUCAUUCACCCCUGAAAUUUCAUAAUGAACUAUUCCAACCUUUGAAUAGGAAGAGUUCAAAUGUAUCUUCAGGGGUAAAUGAGUGCGUGAUCCGAGAAAUAAUUAUAACUUCAUGUGAAUUCUGUGAUAAAUUCUGUUUGGAGGGGAAAUGUGUAUGACAAUUAUCUCAGCAGUUAUGAGUUUGAGAAAAAUGUACGAUAGCUACAUAAUUUGUCUUUUACAUUAAAAAUUAGAUUGAUAUCUAUAGUGUUCAUGUUGGCUUUUGUUACCUGGGACUAACCGAUACUGUGGGACAAUGUUUAUCCAGGUGUCAAAUGUUUGGGAUGACACAAUUACCUGGACCAAAGAAACAAAACUGGUCACUGUAAAUUCACUGUUAAUGCAGGUUUCCUGAAAGCAAUUUUCCAAAGUCUGCAUUAACUAGGAUUUGAAUUCAAUUCAAUUGUGGUAUUUUUUCUUCACUAACUUAUUUUUUCAACACUUGAAAAGCUGGUAUAAAACAUUAAUUAAAAGAGUUGAUAAAUAAAGCAAGACUGCCAUAUUCAACCAGUGUUUUAUUAAUUUUGAUAGUUUAUAUGGAAUUUUGAACCACCUCUGACAGUCUGGGUUUUUUUUGGUGAUUCUGGUGGUUUUAUAUGCAUUUGUCCUGUUUUCCUUGCCUCCAUUAUUCAUAUGUUCAGUUCAAAUGACUCCUGCUCUGUAAAUGUACCAAACUGAUCAUGUUGUGUCCAGUAGAUUUCGUCUUCAGAUAAUUUACCUGUAAUCAAAUGUGUAUGCAAUAUUAUCCAAUUUUGACAUUUUUUGCAAUCAUAUACAAUCACAUAUACAUUUGGCUUGAAUUAAUAUUAUCACUGCAAUGAUAUAUGAUCUUCAUGAUUCAAGAUUGCUUAGGUUGCUUAACAGCUCACACUGUUGCUGAUUCUGUGUCCGAAACCAUUCAACAGAAUGUAAAUCAGUGCAGUUUUAUGUUAAUUUAAUCAAUUUAAUUAAUUUAACAUAAAUACAAAUAUGUACAUAUAUAGCAUUUAAUUAAUGCUUGCAUUUUGUAUCAAACAAUCUUUAAUACAUUUUCAUGCAAAAGGUAAUUUCAGCAUGCUUCUUGUUGUAUAAAACUGAUUUUUUUCACCAAUGUAAAUCCCAAAUUCCUGAAGUUUGUUUCGUUUGCUUUUGCUCCUUUAUAUUUUUACAAGGUAAGGGACAUCACAAAGGGAAUCAACACAUCAGUAUGGUGACACCUAGUGCAUCCUAAAGAGAAAUAAAAUUACCAUUCUAAAAAACAAUUCUUCUUUACCGUAUCUGCCGUAAGUUGUGCCCAGGGCGCUUAAAUGGUAGCCUUUAUUAGGAUAAUAAAGAAUGAGCUGUGAUAGAAGAAGCUAUUCAAUUUGGACUGUUGCUAUGGUAAUAUAAUGUCAAAUGUUUCAACUGCUUCACAGGAAGUUCAGCCAUAAACACCGAACAAAAAUCCCUGCUUUUGAAAAGUGUAAAUACUGUUUCAAAAUAAUUGACCCAGCUGGAAAGGUCUGGGAUAUUAAAGGAUGUUUAUGGAAUUCAACUUCCUUCUGAAGAAGGGGAAGGGGUGCUGUUUACUUACAGCAAUACAAACACAGCUUUACAAGGAUUGUAUUUCCGAACAACAUUAUGAUAAAAAUUCUUGUCCCACCGCAGGCAAAACAAUAGUGAAUUCCACUGCAGUUGUUCACAGUUACCUCCCCUUACUUUCAUUUUAGAUAUAACUAGCAGGACUGGGCCAAGAAGUCACCAAUGACUGCAUUGACAACUGAGAAUAUUUCAUGUUUGGAGGUCCGGUGUUCAAAUGCCAGUUUUGCCCUUUAAUUUUUUCUAUUUAAUAUAUUUCUGCUGUUACAGGUGCAUUUAUUGAUCCUUGACAUACCUAACCAGUUUGUUGGUAUGAACUUGCAAAAUUUAGAGCUUGUGAAUGUGUUGGUUAGAUUGGUGCAGACAUUGCCUUAGCAUUAUACCCUAUACUAUUUUAUUUAUAUAUUGAUACUGCAGUAUUGACUUCCUCUAGCCAGCAGACUGGGUUUUUUUGUUGUUGUUACACAGAGGGUUGUUUUGAAGAUUGGUAAACUAGGUUCACUGUGUCCUAAAUUACAUCUGAAAACCACAACAUUUUUCUUGCAGAAAAUGACAAAGUCUUGAUAAAAAUGUAUUGUAACAUCUUCAUUGUACAUUUUGUUCAUUAGUUUUGAUAGAAAAUGUCAAAUUGAGAGUACAAGGACAACUUUUGUGUUAAGCCUGAACACAUAGUGAAAUUCUCAUUAAAAUAUAUUGAAAUAGA